AGAACAUGACCCAUAUUUACAGCUUUCAAACGUCACUGGACGUUGAUGUUCAACCAAAGCACCUCUUAAGGCAGCAUUUCCUACAUGCUUCAGUUCAAACUUUAGCUGUCAUGCUUCUCAGAAUGAUACGACCCGUGUUUCAUAUAAAUGUGGUAUGCUCAGAACUGUUAACCCUUUCUGUCUUCAGGUCGCAGCGUGACGGCUGAAUGAAGGACGAGCAGGACAUGAGAUGUUUGGUUAAACCUGAUGUGUGAAAAAACACUUUUUAUUUUAUUUUGCAUUGUAUAAUUGGUUUUCAUGCUUUACAGAGUCAAAUCUGAGACACUAUUACUGAACAAACCUAAUUUAGUAUAGCUGGUAAUUAAUGGGUUAAUGUUGGUACAACACUAACAAUGAGUUCCCCCUGCUGUACAACGACCACACUGCAUAAAAAGAAGACACAAAAGAAACUUCCAUCACACAUCUUUAAUAAAAAUGUGAACUGCUGUUACAGAGAGACAGACAUAUUUUGCAUUGUUGUUGAUAUAAAAACAUUCAGUGGAAUAUUACAGUUUAAAUGUUCAUGUUACCAUCACAAAUGUUCGUAUUAUAGGUCGAUAUUUUAUGCAGAUAUGAGCAGGAAGUGAAGCUCUUAGCCCGUUAUAGCUGCUUCAUCCGGGGUGCUGGUCUAACCACACUGAUCUAACCUUACCCUUAGAAUGUUGAUUAACUGACGCCCACAUCCUCACAAUGUUUCUUUAAUCAACUCAUUCACUUUGUUGUGAAUAAAUAUGAGUACCUCCUAGUCUCCUCCCGUCAUUUGUCUCCCGUGUUUUCAGUCAGCCCCAAACUGAGGGUUCCUGUAAUAUAACUGAACCUCAUUAGUCCGCGUGGUUCUGUAGCUUCUCGCAAAGUCUUUGUCGACUUCUCCGGCCUCUGAUUGUCAAACAAAUGCACGUUGGCCAUCAGGGGGAGGAGCAGCACAAAUUCCAACAUAUUGUUGCUUAAAGACAAUUACAAAGAUGGCGUACUGUCAGCUGUAGAAUAUAUCAAGAAUUAGAGGACAUGUGUCCCAGCAGGACUUGGAAAACGCUGAAAGUCGUCCUAUUGUUGCUGUAAAACUGUGUGGACGGUUCUAUUGCAGGUUGUUUCAGGCUCACAGCAGCAACACCUGACCAUCAAAUGACUAAAGUGACCGAAGGAUGAGGGCUUAUAGUUUCAGCUCUGACACUGCCUUGCAGGUGUGUCUGCAGAUAUCUUGAGUUUAUAUUUUUAACAGCUGACCUUUUUAUUUCAAACUGCCUGACGUUACGUGUUCGUAUCAAUGUUUUCACAUCAUAGCAGUCCGCUUUGUUCUUUGGCUCAGCCCAAUGACGCUAAUCUAUCAACUGAGGUGUUACCACCACCACAGCAGCUCAGUCAGUGUGAAGUUCAUUUUGAAAAAAAUCUAAGUGUCAAACUUGGAUUUUUUUUGUUGUUACACGAGCAGCAUAAAUAGACCACACAGGAAGAAGCCCCUCCUCAUUUACACUUCAGUUCAGCUUGGUCUUCAGACAGUCAACAUGGAGGUCGGCAUGCUCUGCAUCAAACUCUUGGUCCACGUGUUAUUCCUGCUGUGUGCACAUGUCCAGGACGUUGAUUCACUGAUUCUCCGUCUUGAACCAAACAGACUGCAGUUCUUUGAAUACGAGUCUCUGAUCUUCCAUUGUGAGGGCUCUCAUGACCCGACUGGAUUGAAAAUUGUACAUUGGUUUAAAGGGGAAUUAGUCAAAUGUAACACUACAGUGACAUCAAAAAGGUCAUCCUGCACUAUUCCUUAUAUUUUUCCAGAGGACAGUGGGCAAUACUGGUGUGAGUCUGGAGAUGGGAAGAGAAGCGACAUCAUCCACAUCACUGUUACUGCUGGUCCUGUGAUCCUGGAGAGUCCCAUCAGUGUGGUGGAGGGAGAGACUGUGACUCUGCGCUGCAGACACAAGACGACCUCAACCAAUCUCUCAGCUGAUUUCUACAAAUAUGGCCACCUUAUCAGAAGAAGCUCUACAGGAAACAUGACCAUCCCCAGUGUUUCCAAACGUGAUGAAGGAUUCUACAAGUGUAGCAUCUCUGGAGGAAGAGAAUCAGCCGAGAGUCUGAUGGCUGUCCAAGCUGGUCCUGUGAUCCUGGAGAGUCCCAUCAGUGUGGUGGAGGGAGAGGCUGUGACUCUGCGCUGCAGACACAAGACGACCUCUACCAAUCUCUCAGCUGAUUUCUACAAAGAUGGCCACCUUAUCAGAAGAAGCUCUACAGGAAACCUGAGCAUCCCCAGUGUUUCCAAACGUGAUGAAGGAUUCUACAAGUGUAUCUCUGGAGGAAGAGAAUCAGCCGAGAGUCUGAUGGCUGUCCAAGUUGAUCCUGUGAUCCUGGAGAGUCCCAUCAGUGUGGUGGAGGGAGAGACUGUGACUCUGCGCUGCAGACACAAGAUGACCUUUACCAAUCUCUCAGCUGAUUUCUACAAAGAUGGCCACCUUAUCAGAACAAACUCUACAGGAAACAUGAGCAUCCCCAGUGUUUCCAAACGUGAUGAAGGAUUCUACAAGUGUAUCUCUGGAGGAAGAGAAUCAGCCGAGAGUCUGAUGGCUGUCCAAGAGUCACACCAAGAGAUUCAUGCGUCCUCAGAUCUUCUGUUGAUCAUCUUCAGAAACAUUCUCCCUGUAGUAAUGAUGGCUUUGCUGCUGGUGCUGCUGGGACAGCUCCACUGUGGGGAACUCCGAGGUAAACCCACAGAGCAAGGAGUAUCCAGAAUCAUGACGGCGACAGUUCACUCAGCUGGUACCAACCGACCUUUGACACAGGAACCCCUCUAUUCUUUGAUCAAGUCGCAGCGUGACGGCUGAAUGAAGGACGAGCAGCACAUGAGACGUUUGGUUGAACCUGAUGUGUGAAAAAACACUUUUUAUUUUAUUUUGCAUUGUAGAAAUGGUUUUCAUGCUUUGCGCCCUACAUGUGUUGAUGUUUAAAGAUAUAUUAAAGAGAUGCGGUUUGUAUUUUCAGAUGUAUUAUCUGUUAUUAUAUAGUGACAGUUAAACCCACAUGUUCCAUCUGCUGUGUGUAUUUACGUGUCAGUGUGAAACUGUGGUCAACCACCACCUUGAUGCUGCAGCUUCACUUUCAUUUGAAGCACGCUGGCCGAGUCCAAAUAAAAAAAUGAGUCUGACACUUUAAGUCUAAUGUGGUUGUAAAUGUCAUACAUGAGAAGACAGAAAAUAACUGUGCCAUUAAAGAAGUGUACUGGU